UAUAAAUUGAUUUUAUUUAUAAAUUAUUAAAUUUGACCAAAAAUGUUCAUGAAGACUCCUAUCGGACUUUCAAACAUAGGAAACACUUGAUUUGCUAAUUCCGUUCUACAAUGAAUGAUGCAUACACCAGAAAUGGUUGAUUUCGUAGGCUCUUCAAACAAGAACCCAGAGCUUACAAAGAAGUCAGAUGAAAAAGAAAUGAAUAGUGAUACCACCAUACUCCCAAAAAGAGCCGCCCGGCUAAGAAGAAUGGCCUCUUUCGUAGGCUUUGAUAAUCCUACCCAGUACUGAUGAGCUUACUGAGGGAUUAAGGAAAUCUUUGAUGAAAUGAAGAACUCCUUUAGAGACUAUAUACUUCCCAUGGGAAUGAAUGAUAUUAUUAAGAAGGUUUUCGGUGAAGAUGUCGAGAUCGGCACACAACAAGAUGCCCAUGAGUUCCUAAUCAUGCUCCUUCAUUCACUUGAGGGUUCCAAAUGUUUGAAUAAAUCUAAGAAGGAUGAUGAAGAUUACUGAUUUGAGAUCCACGAUAAAAAGAAAGAGCUAAAUUCAAUUUUCGAAGGAUCGUUCUCAAGUAAUAUUUCUUGCCAGAAGUGAAGAAAUAACAAUAAGAAUCACCAGAAGUUCCAAGACAUCAACCUUGAAAUAAAAGCAACUUUUGAUGAAUGCAUGAGAUACUACUUCUCCCCAGAGAAGCUAGAGGGUGAGAAUAAGUACGAAUGCGAAAACUGUGAUAAGUACACUAAUGCUGUGAAGUCUAUUGGGCUUAAGGAUGCUCCUCUAAAUUUGAUCAUCAGCUUUAAAAGAUUUGAUAAAUUCGGAGAUAAAAUUAAAUCUGAUUUAAAAUACCCAGCCAAAUUUAAUCUCAACGAUUAUAUUUCUGAGCCGCUCAGUAGGAGAAGAAUUUCCUCAGGAGAUAAACUUUACGAGCUUUAUGCUGUGAUCAACCAUGAAGGUAAAAACUCUCACUGAGGGCACUACACUUCCUUCAUUAAGAGUUUUAAUGGGAAAUGGUACCACUGUGAUGAUUGAAGGGUUUGCAAAAUUCGCAACGAAGCUCCUGUGAAAAAUUCAGCUAAAGCUUAUAUCCUGUUCUACAGACUUAUUGACUCUUGAAGAGAAGCCAUUGGUGCACCAAGGAAGAUCAGCACUGCUUCUACCCAAAUCGCAAAUAUUGAGGAAAAGAAAAACACAAGAAAACGUAAAGCCAGGAAAUCAAAAUUUAACAGAAAAAGACGUAAAAUCAUUGAAAGUGAAGAAUCAAGCCAGAAAUCCGAAUCCCAGAUCAAUGAAUCCCAGGAAGAACAGAUUGAAAUCGUUAGUUGAGCGAUGAGCGAGGUAUCAGACCUGACGAGUACGAGUUCCAAAGACUCUAAACCUUCAGAGGAGGAUACUUACAUAACUAUAAAUUUUAUUGAUAAUAAAGCUGCCCAUUAA